AUGCUCGAGAACGAGGCCAUCCUCAAGCUCAAGCGGUCGAACAGCGAUGUCGACCACCUGAUCCCCCUGGGCGACUACACCCCGCCGAACUCGCCAGAGCCAGAGACGACGGCGGUGCCUGUCACCAGAACGUCGCGAUCCUUCUCAUGGACCAAGCUGACAGAUACAAUUAUCAAAGGCAAGAAGGGCCCGUCCUCGAAAUCAUCCCACGGCUCUGGAUCUGCACGACCGAGCAUCUCUAGCCCCAUUCUAGACCCCACGAACCCGCUGUGUCCUCCUACGCCGGUAUAUUCGCCUAAAGACGUCUCGGAGCCGACCUCGUCAUCGUCAUCGCGCCUUCCUACUGCGAACUCGAGCCCCGGCUUGCGCCCAUCAGAUCCCGAGGCCACCCCAAAGAGUCACCGACGCUCGUGGUCUGAUCCCACCAACGACUACCCACUCUUCUCCGAUAACAGUCCCUGUCCUCCUGCCCGCGCAUCUCCACCAAUACCCAGAAUACCAAGCUUUACCAGUAGCCUUGGUGGCCUCGAUAGUCCGCUCUGGUGCAUCGCUGAGUCGGACAGCGAGCAAGACGGCCAGGCUGACGCCCUACGUAUUGCCAAUCUUGAAGAGUGGCUCACGAGCACAAGCAAAAGCAUGGAGCCCGCACGCCUGAGCUUCGAGCCAUCGCGGCUACAGCCGCCUACGGGAGGUACCAAGCUGCGCGCAGUGGCAGAGGCCAAGCAGAUGGAAGAGCUGGUAGCGGAACGUGCUAAGCGUGCUGGAGACAAGGAACCACCGCCAUAUGAAUUCUUCGAGUUGAUUGGCAAGGGUGCUUAUGGGCGUGUCUACAAAGGAAGAAGCAGGGUGCAUGGUGGUCUUGUUGCGAUCAAGAUCAUCGACAUCGAUAACCAGGAUUACCAGGAGAUGACGACCGAGAACUUGGCACAGACCAUCAAGGAGAUUGACAUUCUGCAGCAGCUACGGGACAGCAAAGCGCGGCCAUACGUCAAUAUCAUAGAAGAGGCGCGGACAGUGCACAAUGAGUUGUGGAUUGUCAGCGAGUAUGCCAGUGGUGGUAGUGUCAACACCCUGAUGAAGCCAACACAUGCCAUCAAGGACCCUGGACCAGGCCUGCCGGAGAAGUUCAUCAUUCCGAUUGCGCGCGAACUUGCUUUGGGUCUGAAAUAUGUCCACGAAGCUGGCGUCUUGCAUCGAGAUCUGAAGACGAACAAUGUACUCAUUCUGGAAGACGGUCGAGUGCAAUUGUGUGAUUUUGGUGUUUCGGGUACGCUCGAACCGCAAAAGUCGAAGCGAUCGACCAUUGUUGGAACACCAGCAUGGAUGGCUCCGGAGCUCCAACAAGAGUGGGUCAAAGAUGCCGAUCCGCGCAACCCACUCCAGCCAAAGGAGAUUCAUUACGGCAACGAAAUUGAUAUUUGGGCGUAUGGGUGCACGAUUCACGAGAUGGCCAGUGGAUUCCCACCGCAUUACAAGAUUGCCCAGUUAGAGCUACCAAAUGCUGGCGCUCCUGAACUGGAAGGCGAUCGUUUCUCGCAGGAUCUCAAAGAUUUUCUUGCCUUCAUCUUCCAACCAGAUCCGACGCAGCGACCAACUCCAGAUCAAAUUCUCGAACACCCAUACAUUGCGGGGUCGACUAAGCUGUAUCCGACCUUUACACUGGUCAAGCUUGUUGAGGAGUACUAUAGGUGGGAGCAAUCAGGUGGUGCACGUGCAUCGCUGUUCAAUCCAUAUGGCGCUCAAGCGCCCGAUCCUCUUUCUUCGUCUGAGGAUGACGAUGACGACGACGACUGGUCCUUCAGCACAACCGAAGAGUUCGAGCAAGAGCAUGCACCACAAUUUGCAGAUCCUUUUGCUGCAUCUGGACAAUUUGCAGGCAUCAAUCUUCCUCCCAUUGAAGACAUGGGUCGUUUCGAGCAACUCCAGGCUCGAUUCAAAGAGGAGUCGAUUGUGAGAGGCCAGAAACGACUGAACAAGCUGUUUGAUGUGAACACGACCCCGUAUCGAUAUAGCAUGGUCGACGGAGAGGAAGUCACGAAUGGCCGACCACCCUCAGAUCUCGUGCUCCGUGACUUCAACCCUGGCGCACCCAACCGCGAAACAGUCAUUGACCUGGACUUCUCCAUGCCCAUGCCAGAUGAGCCCGGUAUCGAUUUGGGCGAAGUCCCCACGAUUCGAGCAGGUCGCAUGAAGAGCAUCUUGCGUGAGAUGGCGGAAGAGGAGGCGCGUGAUGCUCUUAUCCAAGAAGAAGAGCUCACAAAGCGUGCUACGAGGGACUGGAAGUAUCCUGGUUCGGAGGGAGGGUCAGAAAAACGUGAUACCAUGGCAUGGUCGUUCCCGUCCCAACAAGCAAACCGCAAGACGAUGGAGUGGUCUUUUGCUGCCGAACAGCCACCUCCACAGCCGAAGCGAGAGACUAUGGAGUGGACGUUUGCCGCCGCUCAGCCUCCGAAGCCGAACAGACGCACAGUGGAGUGGACGUUCGAUGCCGCAAUGGCUGAAGGAAAUUACGAUGCUUCCCGGAACCGAAAGUCAACGAGACGCGAAACCAGAGAGUGGAAGUUCCCCAAGAUCGAGGAGGACAGUCGCAAGACUCAAGACUUCUCAUUCCCCAUGCGAAGUCCCACGGGUAGCCAAGCUGCCUCUUCACCCACUCUAGAGCCCGGCUUCCGGCCCAGUCUUCGACAAGCUGCGACUAUGCCCGCCAAUGCGGAAUCAGAUGAUUUUCCGCGUGUCUCCGAUUCACCAGAUUCCCCGCUGCGUACCUCAAUGAUCGAUCUUGACAUGGCCAUGGUCGACACUUACAGACCCUCCACGUCCGGCUCUGAUGCAAUUAAUACUGCUAACAAUGUCAAUGAUAAUCCCUUCAACCUUGAAGAUCAAGUCCAACUCUCGCAGAAUAAUCGGCGCACGAGCUACCACUUCCAGAGCAAGUCGGAACCAAACCAGACGGUACCAGGGCUCUUGACGCCACAGCAACAAGAUGCCAAUGGCCAGAUGGGACAGAUGCACGCGAGAGGUGUUAGUUCUGCCAGCCAAGUCCGAAAAGAGUUCCCACCCCAAAGCGUCUCUUCUGCACCACAACAUCGUCCCGGGCAGAGGUCUCAAGCCUCGCUCUGGGAUGGGUGGUCCCACAGCCACGCAUACAACCUUGGCUCAGACGAUCAAUCGCCGCCCAUGAGUGUCACAACCGACACUUCCCUCGAAGAAGACGACGUCGACGACCUAUGGGAUGUUUUCGAACGUCGUCAUCUGCAGAAAUCUCGUCAAGCUGGCCGCCGCACAGACAGCCAGUUUUCUGGGCUCAGCGUCGGCGGCGAAGAUGAUACCGAAUACCCAUACUCGUCCGAUUCCGACUAUCCUCUCAAUCCCUCGGAGUUCCGCAAGAGCAGAGUCAGUGCCGGCCCGAAUGGUCGGCCGUUACUCGACUUCCCUGUCCCACGCGGCGUCGACCCGGAACUGCUGUGUAACGGCGGUGAAGGGCUGGCCGAGUUGUUGCUCAAGAGUAGUGUGGAGCUGAGGGAUGGAACGAGGGCGGGCAGGGAUUUACUGCGGGCGAUGAGGUUGAGCGAGGUCGUUGAGGAAGCAGAUAAUGCGGAUGCAGGCGCUGGGGCAGGAGAGACGGAGACAGUCAGGAUGGUGGGGAGGAAUGGGAGCGGAGCUGGAAUAUGA